AUGCACGCUCGCCGGUCGUCCGUGACGGCGACACCGACGACGCCGCUCGCCGAGACGACGCCGACCCAGGCGCCCAAGUCGGUGUCGCCCCCCAAAUUCCGCAUGCCCUUUAUCAAGGCGCAGAUCCAGGCGAGCCCGAGCAUCCUCCGCGCUUUCAAUCGCAAGAUGAAGCCGCGCCCCACGAUGGGCCACGUCGCGUUCAACGAGUCGAAAGUAGACGAGUCGCUCGUGCAGCGCAAAUCGAGUCUCCCGACAGCGUCCACGACGACGCCACCCUCGCCCUCGACGUUUUACUGCGCGACGUGCGACAAGAGCUUUCCUAACCGUGUGCUCUUUGACCGACACCACGCGUUUUCGUUCAUGCACGAGCUCAACGUCAAGCAGGCCGCCGCGCUGGCCGAGCUCGCGUCGCAGCCGUCGCCCAAGACGAUGCAUCUGUCGCACAUAGCCCCCAAGUUUUUCUGGCGGCUCCGCACAGAAGCAUACGUUGUGAUUGGUGAAAGCGCAAACGGGGACAUUGGCGUGUGGGUCUACCAGUCGCCGAGCACACCGGCACUCGAGAUCGUGCUGCUCCCGCGCUUGCACACGCUCGCGUCGCUCGACGGUCCGCCGCUCUACGCCAAGAUCGUCCACCUGGUCGAAGUUGGCUUUCGGGACGUACGGACUCAAACGCUCGGCCUCGUGUUCCCGUUCGAGUACACGAGCCACGUGGCCCGGCAGUCGGUACCAGGCGACGCCGAGUUUGCCAAGCACUUUGGCUGCUUCUCGCCGGACGUCGUCGAGGCGCGUCUCGCUGCGUGCACGGUCGCUGCAGCACCAACGCUCGAGGGGUUUGAACACGAGCAUGGCAAGCUCCAAGAAGACGCCGAGCUUCUGAAAGCGAGCGUGCAGUCGGCCGAGGUCGAGCAAACCAAGACGUCGGCGAUUCUAGCCCACCUCGCCACCAAGGUUGUCGUCACGGACAGUAGUGGCAAGGACGAGCCGGAGCCGCCGCCGAUGCAGCCGCAGCCGCCAACGACGCCGCCUUUGAACAUCUCGCCCCGCCAAGCCAAACGCCUCAGCAACGUCAUGCUGCCGCCGCUGGAAGGUCGACCACCCCAGCCGUAG